UUCCCAGACGAACGUGCAGUUUGAUCUGGUGAAUCGAGCCGUCAACAGCGGGAAAUUGAUAGCUGCUGGAGUGCCCGCGCACGCUGAUUGUUCUACUGAAGUAAAGAAAGCAACGGUCGUGGUGGAACAGGAAAUUUACGCGUUCCCGUCGAUUAAUUUAUAGAAACGUGUUUCGAAGAUAAGGUGCGUGCUGAACUUUGAUGAAGAACGAUGAAUAAGCAUCACUUGGUACCGGUGCUGGUACUGCUGGUGUCGUCACUUUGCUACCAUUCGGCGUUCGAUUUUUCGAGCUUCGCCAAAUCGACGGGCGAUGUGGCAAAGGUUGCAGGCAAGACGGUCAAAGCAGUCGCCGAGAAGGUACCGGAAAUCUUCUCUCCCGAGCAGCUGCUGGAAUUCGGAAAGCAGUCCAUCGCCGGAGUGCCGCUGGAAGCAUUGGCCGCUGUGCUGAAUAAGAUUUGUUCCUUUGCGGUGUCUUCGAAUGCAACCCAAUCGGAGGAUUCGGUUAAUAUUACCGAAAUAAACUACAUCUUGAUGACCGGUUCGGAAAACAUCACCGUGCCGUUGAUGGAAUCGGACACUCUAUGGAGUAAUUCUCUGUUCAACGACUCGCACGAAACGGUAAUCCUGGUAACGGGAUGGACGUCCAACAUUAACGGAUCGAACAAGGCCAUCGAUACCAUUUUUAGUGCCUAUCAAGUCCGAGGAGGGUACAACUUUGUUGUUAUCGAUACUUCGGAUUAUGUGGAUACCUUGUACUCCUGGUCCGCGUUCAAUACCAACGAACUGGGCGAGGCCUUGGCCGUCGGCUUGAAGGAGCUAAUCAAAUUUGUGCCGGUGGAAAAGAUCCACCUGAUCGGCCAUAGCCUCGGAGCACAUAUUGUGGGAAGUGCCGGAAGACAUUUUCAGGUGUUGACGGAUCGCACUCUUCCCAGGAUAACUGGGCUGGAUCCAGCAAACCCAUGCUUCAACGAGGGAGAAGCACUGAGCGGUAUUUGCCGAGGCGAUGCGGAAUUUGUAGACAUAAUUCAUAGCAAUGCGAAGGUCCUCGGAAAGCGUGAUCCGAUUGGAGAUGUGGACUUUUAUCCCAAUGGAGUGGUUUCUGUACAACCGGGAUGCCUGGAUCCUUCUUGCUCCCAUGCUCGAGCUUGGGAGCUGUACGCCGAAACCGUUCAUCCUGGCAAUGAAAAUCAUAUGUUGGCGGUUAAGUGUAACUCGGUUCUUUCGCUGGAUACCGGUGCCUGUCCCGGAAAGGCAAUCCCCCUGGGAUUUGCUUGUCCCAAAACGGCAAAAGGAAACUACUUCCUGAAAACGAACGAUAAAUUCCCAUUUGGGAAGAAUUUAUGA